GAAAGAAGCCGGCUGAGAGACGGACGGACGGACUGACAGCCGCUUUGCUGCGCCCGCCGGUUCUGGAACCGCAGCCGCUGCGCCCCCUCAUCUUGUCGGGACCAUGGCAAGCCCAAGAACAAGGAAGGUCCUUAAAGAAGUCAGGGUGCAAGAUGAGAACAACGUCUGUUUUGAAUGUGGUGCAUUUAACCCCCAGUGGGUGAGCGUGACCUAUGGAAUUUGGAUCUGUCUGGAAUGCUCAGGAAAACAUAGAGGCUUGGGUGUUCAUCUCAGUUUUGUGCGCUCUGUCACAAUGGACAAAUGGAAGGACAUUGAAUUGGAGAAAAUGAAGGCUGGUGGUAAUCUUAAAUUUCGUGAGUUUCUAGAGUCGCAAGAAGAUUAUGAUCCUUGUUGGUCACUGCAAGAGAAGUAUAACAGCAAAGCUGCAGCACUCUUCAGAGAUAAGGUGGCUUCACUGGCUGAAGGUAAAGAAUGGUCAGUUGAAACUUCUUCUGCCAGAAACUGGACUCCACCUCAACCCAAAAUUGCUCUGCCCUCAGCUCACCGCAGCUCCACUGGACAACCACAAAAUGCUGGUGCCACUUCUGAGAAAGCCUUUGAAGACUGGUUAAAUGAUGAUGUUGGCUCCUAUCAAGGUGGUCAAGAGAAUCGCUAUGUGGGAUUUGGGAAUACAGUUACUCCUCCAAAAAAGGAAGAUGACUUCCUCAAUAAUGCUAUGUCCUCUCUGUAUUCGGGAUGGAGCAGUUUUACAACUGGAGCAAGCAAGUUUGCUUCCGCAGCUAAAGAGGGUGCUACCAAAUUUGGAUCUCAAGCAACUCAAAAGUUUUGGGGCCACAAACAGCAGGCAGAGCCGGCUUCAGAGUUAGGUCAGACUUUAAAUGAAAAUGUUCUCAAACCUGCACAGGAAAAGGUGAAAGAUGGAAAAAUUUUGGAUGACGUUUCCCAGGGAGUCUCACAUUUGGCUUCCAAGGUCCAGGGAGCGAGUAGCAAGGGAUGGCGAGAUGUCACUACUUUUUUUUCUGGAAAAUCGGAUGAGUCUUCUGAAAGGCCACCUGAUGGGGAGAGCUACCAGAACAGCGGAGGUGAAGGCUACCAGAACAACGCAGUGGAUCAAAGCUUUUGGGAGACCUUUGGCAACUCGGACCUGCCAAAGACCCACAAGUCCCCCAGCAGUGAUAGUUGGACAUACGUGGACAAUUCUGCUGAGAAGAGGAGCUCUGAUAGUUGGGAUGUCUGGGGGUCAGGUACCGCCUCCAAUAACAAGAACAGUAACAGUGACAGCUGGGAAAACUGGGAGACCAACUGGGAGAACGCGGCAGGGGAGGGCAAAGCCAAAAAGACCCCCAAGAAGACAACAAAGGAAUCUUCUUCAGCGGCCGAAGAAGGGUGGGAUAACCAGAACUGGUAGGACUCCUGUCUCUGUCCAGCAUGGCAGAGGGAAAAGUCAUACCUCUGAUGGAAAGGGUGUCCCACAUCACUGGAUUAACGUCCUUGUCAUUUUUGGGCCUGUUUAAACCUCAUGCUUACUGUUCCAUUCUCUUUCCACUCCUGUUUACAACUACAGCAACAACAAAACGUGGGUCGGUUUGCAAAUAUUCCUGUAAUUUCCAUAUGAAGACACAUCUCUCCCAUGGAAAUGGCCUUGUGCAUCAUAUAUAUUCUCACCAUGCUGCUGUCCUAUGCGGAGCAUGCCACAACUUCCUUAAAGUGAAAGGUUGGAGGAAGCAAGUCCAUGCAACCAUAUUUUUCAUAGCACAAUACUGCAUGUGUAGUCUUACAAGAUCGCCCAGCUUCUCUUUGGAACUUCAGUUGGAGUUCUGGAGGACUUCUGGAUAGGAUGAUAUGGGAGUAUCUUCAACUGUGACUGAAGCUGGAAUUAAGCCGCAAUGGUAAUUAAGGCACCGUUGAAGCAGUUCUUAGAUUGAUCAAGGUUUGAUUUUUAUUUUUUAAAAAACCUCACCUUAUUAAUUUUAAUUCUCUGACUUAGAAGAAACCAAGUUGAGCUUCUUCUGCAAAAUACUUGGAGAGACAGGAACAAGACACUUCACAUUCCUGCCCUUGGCAGUUUUCAGCAGCUGUGUAACAGAGUUUCCACCCCUUUCUUUUUAAAAUUGAAGGACAUAUUUCAUCUUGUUUUCUUCCGCCUAAAAGUUCCAUAUGCUCCUUGGGUUUUUAGCACAACUUUCUGAUAUCAGAAAAUAUGCAUUUGGAAGGAUUAGACAGGAUAAGCAGACAGUGACAAAGCAGAACAUAUGGAUGACAAAAGCAAAAUUGUUGAGGAACGUAAUUCCAAUCAAACAAGCAGGACAUUAAUUUGGUACUUUGAAUGCACAUCAAUAAAAUCAGUUUGCAAGAUUCUGUAAUAGCUUUCCCACUUCCUCUGCCCUUUCCUCCUCCCCGCAGCAGAAGGAAGUCAAUCAAGAGUGGCUCAGAUUGCAACUUAAUCAUGUUGAGCUGCUUUGCAUGACAUUUGAGAAGAAUUCAGGUAUUUCAUUUUUCUGCAAGGCCUUGUGUAAAGUACGUCCCUGAUGCCUGUGGCCAGUACAUCUUAUUUUGUCACCUGUAUAUGUUAAAAGUAUUCCAGCACAGUGUGACUGCUAAGAUGUGAGAACCUGCUGGAAAACUUUGAAUCAUGGUGUAAAUGCCUGAAGUCCGGUGUGGAUGCCAGUAUGAGAUUUUUCCGAUACCAGUGUGGGAAUUUUGCUUGCAAAUCUACAUUUUAGCUGUUUGAAACCCUGCCCAAGAAAAUCUUUGCAUAGGCAGGUAGACUGUGUGACUACUGACUUUGCUCUUCUGGUUAGCUUUGAAUACAGACUUAACUUCCAGUUGAUUAGAAUUUAGCUAAAGAUAGCUGCUGUAUAUAACACACCCACACUCUGUGAACUACCCACUAAGUAUUAACAGUUUCCUAGGAUUUUUGUGUAUUGUUCAAUAUGUCAAUAUCUACCUUGUAAAGAAAUAUGAUCUUGUUGGUUUGUUCUGCUGUACUUAAUCACUAGUCUUUCAAACUGCCAACUGAAAUUUUCCUCUUCUCUUUCCUGCUGUUUUUUCUGCUCCACCAUCCUCUGUUCUCAGUCCGUGGUGGCAGUGCUGAAAUGGUCCAUGCCUGUUCUUCAAGAGCACUUAAAGGUGCUUUCCUUGUGCCAGACAGACUCUUGUGUCUUACUAUGAGAUCUCUGACUUCGCACGACUGGUCCUUUAAAAAAAAACGUGGGCGCAACAAGAAUUAUUGCUUUCCCUAGUGUUAGGGCUUCCCUUUUUGCUAACAUUGUAACUCUGUGAAUUUUUGUUUUUCUACUGUUUUCCCUUUCUAUUCCACAGAUAAUAUCAUGCAAGUUUAAUAGUAUGUUCAACAUGUAGUGGCUAGUCAACUUAUACCAAACUUAUUUUAUCUGCUCUCUUUAAUACAUGUUUACUGUCCAAGUCUUGAAACCAAUGCAUGUGCUCUGCAGAUCUUCUGUGUACUUGGGUGUGAAGUGCUGUCACCAGCCCAUGACUUGGCAGUAAACCUUUGAUAAAGCCUUGCGGUAAAAAAGUCAGGAAAACAUACUUGACCUGGCUGCUGAAGUGGUCUGUCUGAAUUAACAUGAACUCCUCUGCAUUAUCUCGGGAUGCUUUGUUACUCUUAUUUUCUGUCACCCCUAUUCGCACAGACCCAGUCUAUAUGAAGAAAAUAACUUGGCAUUUGUGUAAAAAAACCGCCUUUCCCCUUCUCAAUUCCUGUUCUCACAAUUCAUCCAAGCCUCGCCUGGCCAUUUCUUUUCCUCAAGUCAUGUAAUACUCUUCCAUUUCAGACUACCCUUUGAGAUCACACCUUCAUCUUUCAAAUUCUUCAGUGGGGUUGUGGUGAUGGUGUGCCACUUAUCGAAACUGUGCACAGCAAAAACUAGGCAGCAGGGCUAAAGCGGCCCUAUUUACUUCCUUGAAAUCACAGUCAAAGCUUGGGUUGAGGAGGGUAGCAUACAGCUUUUGGGAAAGUGUUGUUGUAGCUGCCUUUGAUUCAUUCUUAGUCACAAUUGCAGCUGGGCCUGGCUUCGGCCUCAGCUGUUACGUUACUGCCCUCAACCUAAGAGGACAAAUUUCUCCUGAGCGCACAGGCGAUUGAAGUCCAGCUUGUAAGUAGCCACUUUUAUGAUUGUCUGUAGCAGAAAAGCUUUUGUAAAUGGAAAGGUGUAUUUUAAAAUGCCGUAAAUGGCUAACAGGCAGGCAUAAGCCAGUGGGCUAGUGAUAUUUGAGCUAAUUUUUUUUUGGCUUAAUGACUUUUGACUUCCCUUCUAGGCUAAGGAAUCAUACGAGUUAAUGAAAGGGAAUGGUAUUCCCCGUCGGCAAAGUUGAAUUGGCAGAGAGGCUGAAGAAUUAAAAGUAGGCAUUUUCACCAGCUGUAUCACUUUCCUUUUGGGGGAAGCCAGGGCUCCCCCCCCCAUUCUCCCCCCCACCCCAUGUCUAAACAGACGAGCAAACCUCUUUACACUUCAAGGUAAAGCCUUUGCUUAUUUUAAAAAGCUUAUUGUAUUUUAAGAAAUCACCUUUUAAAGGCCGCUCAUUGACCAUAUAUGAAAUAAGCCAGGAAUGUGAGAUACAUUUUAAUGCUAUGAUUCCUUUCAGCAAGUUACUUAGCUUUUGGGGAAGUUCAUUGUUCAAUGGCUAUUCCCCCCCCCCCUCCCCUGGAUGUGGCUAUUUUGUUAACUUGCUAGUAAGAAAGGUGUAUUUAAAAUCAUUUCAGACUCCCAAAGCUGUUGGGAGACUUUGACGAGGGACAUUUGUGGCA